AUAGAUUGUGUUCUAUAUUAAAAUCGCACGAGUUUAAAGAUCUGUUAACCGAAGUGAUGGCUAAUAGCUAUGAUAUACCCAGUUGGGCUGGUAAACCGCCAACUGGUCUACACUUGGACGUCCUCAAAGAUGAUAAGCUUGUGCAAAAGCUGAUGGUAGAUGAAAAGCGUUGCUAUCUGUUUGGACGCAAUAACCAAAUGAAUGACUUUUGCAUUGAUCACGCUUCCUGCUCCCGUGUGCAUGCUGCUUUUGUUUAUCACAAGCAUCUGAACAUUACCUACUUGGUUGACCUCGGUUCCACACAUGGAACAUUCAUUGGCACGCUUAGACUGGAGGCUCAUAAGCCUACACAACUGCAGAUUAAUAGCACUUUUCACUUUGGCGCCUCGACGAGAAAUUACAUACUGCGUGAGCGUCCUUCAGGAGGGGGUACGCACAAGAAUAUCAUGGAGGAUUUACCAAUAACUGAGACAAGUGAUGGCACACUGCUAGGGCUACCCGAAAGCCAAACGGAGCUGGAUAAUUUAACAGAGUACAAUACGGCUCACAAUCGUCGCAUAUCUAUGCUUGGCAUUGCCGCCGAUGAGACCAAUGUGCGCAAACAAAACGCUUCGAAGCAAGGACGCAAGAGGCGUAAUGUUACUUUCAAUGACGAAGAGAUUAUUAUCAACCCAGAAGAUGUGGAUCCAAGUGUCGGUCGUUUUCGAAAUCUUGUACAGACCACUGUGGUGCCAGCAAAGCGUGCCCGCUAUGAACCAAAUCAUAUGGGUCUACAUACUGGUAGUAGCAGCAGUGCUGCAGGAGUUAGCUCACUUUCUACCAGUCACCAAAUGUUCCAGCAGAGCAUUGCGGAAAUGAAGCAACAUCAGCAGAAUCAACAGCAUUUACCGACAUCGCCACAGGCUUCUGUCCACUCACCCACCAACUCAUUGUAUCAAGGACUUCCAUCAGCUGCCUAUGAUACACAAUUUAAAACCGAAUUUGAGCCCAUUUCUCCAUUAAGUAUCGGCUCAAAGUUGGGUUUGAUGUUGCCUAACCCAGCACCUGAUGUUACGCCCAUUUUCGAAGAACCGCUUGUACCCAGCACAACUAUAGCACGUAAAUUGGCUAUGGCCAAUGCGAAUGUGCGUCGCUUCGUUGAGGAAGUUCAUGACACGAGUGGCGAAGGGGACUCAAUAUGUCCACAGAAGAAGAAGUAUGCCAAAGAAGCCUGGCCAGGGCGAAAGCCUAUGUUGGGACAGCUAUAACAAUAUGAACACUUCCUGGCUUGAUUCAAUAUGUGUACUCUAAUAGAGUUAUUCGAGUUCGUUGCUUCCUGGAGCUCACCUGCUGAUUUGAUUCCACCGCCAACUUCGG